CCGUGUGUAUUUUGCGGAAGGAAAACAAGAUUAGCUGACAGCUGACUUCUCUCCAGGCUGCAGAUACUUCAGCUCCUAAUAUCGGUUCUGUGGAAAGAAGCUGCAGGAACAUGGCGAAGGCACUGCGAUACCAGGACAGGGUGGUGAUUGUGACCGGGGGCUCGAAAGGUAUCGGCAGGGGCAUCGUUCAAGUGUUCGAACGGGGCCAAAGUUGUUUUCUGCGCCAGAGGAGGAUUAGUUUUCUUUCUGACACAUCAUUCUUUGACUCUUAUUUCCCUGUUGAAACGGGUAAACGUGUGGAGGAAGAGCUCAAUAAAGCGGGACCGGGGUUGUGUCUCUUUGUGUCUUGUGACAUGUCUAAGGAAGAGGACAUUAAGAGGCUGAUUGCUACGACCGUCGAGCGCUUCGGACAGAUUGACUGUCUGGUGAAUAACGCAGGCUGGCAUCCUCCUCAUAAACCCACAGACGAGACCAGCGCAGAGGAGUUUAGAGAUUUACUCAACCUCAAUCUGAUCAGCUACUUCCUCGCGUCCAAGUUUGCGCUUCCAUACUUGCGGAAAACACAAGGCAAUAUCAUCAACGUCUCCAGCCUGGUGGCGUCUAUUGGACAGAAACACGCCGCUCCAUAUGUAGCCACCAAGGGGGCGAUCAUCUCUAUGACCAAAGCCAUGGCUGUAGAUGAAAGUCGCUACAAUGUGAGAGUUAACUGCUUUUCCCCUGGUAAUGUGAUGACCCCUCUGUGGGAGGAGCUCGCAGGACAAACAGCCAACGCAGCCGCCGCUAUCAAAGAGGGAGAGAAUGCACAGCUGCUGGGGCGGAUGGGCACCGAGGAGGAAAGUGGACUCGUUGCUCUCUUCCUGGCUGCUGAUGCCACCUUCUGCACUGGUACAGACCUGCUCCUGAGCGGCGGAGCUGAGCUCAACUACGCCUUCAAAAGUCAGAUUCCUUAAAAACAACAAAAGCAUCAUGUUUACAUCGUCUCGAUCCAUCUGUUUCUGUCACGGGUUCCUGUAAGAACAUUGCAUGGGUUGAUAGAAUCAUCAUAAAAAUGUAAACAAUGUUUAUUUUUUUCUGUAAUCAGAACAUAGUGUUCUGAACAAGUGUUACUGAUUUACUGAUGGUGUUCAGAACAAGACAGUGUUACUGAUUUACUAAUGUUUUAAUCCACUGGAUGUUACACGAAUCUUGUUUACGAACACAAUUUAAUGUUCCCGCACAUUCCUGAUUCUGAGCAGAGUUCAGACUGAAUGUUUUCUUGAUUCACAACUGUCUGUUUCACGUUGUCAUCUGAUUUCAGAAAUAAAGACGUCUGUUAAAAAUG